AUGGAGACGCUUCUACCUCCAUUCCCGCCCUUUGAAUCACACAGCGACGCAACAUCGCUUGCACAGCGUUGGAUAAAAUGGCAAGCACGCUUCGACAAUUUUCUUCUGGCAGCAAACGUUACAGACGCAUCUCGCAAACGUGCCAUGUUACUUCAUUAUGCCGGUGAAGAAGUAUACGAUAUUUUUAAUACGCUCUUCAAUGCCAGGUCAGACUAUGACACUGCUGUUGCUUGUCUGAAGCAACACUUUGUCCCAAAGAAGAAUGUUGUGUACGAACGCCACGUAUCCCGCCUUGCACGGCAAAACCCAGGAGAAACACUGGACCAGUUCCACGUCAGACUCAGAAAGCUCAGUACAACGUGUGAAUUCACAGACGCGGACAAGGAGCUUCUCUCUCAGAUUAUAGAGGGCACCACAUCACAGAGACAACGUCACACAGCACUACGAGAAACUGACGUCACACUGGAUAAAGUUUUAGCGACUGUUCGCAGCGUUGAGAAUGCUGAAGUCCAAGCCACCAGCAUAGAGAAUCCAGCACAGUCUCACUCAGUGCAGAAGAUAGAAACCAAGAAAGGAACGCACAGCACUCGUCCGAAGAAUAAAGCACGAGACAAAAGAAGGACUGAAAGGUGUAGAGGAUGCGGAGGAAGCUGGCCCCACCCGAACGGCAAAACGACAUGUCCGGCAUGGGGGGCGACAUGCCUCAAGUGUCACAAGAGAAACCAUUUUGCGAGGGGGUGCCGAAGCACAGCAGAGGGCACAGCAACGAUACAGUCUCUCACUACGUCGUCCAAACCUCAGUCCUCGCUCCGAUAA